AUGAACUUGCAAGAUCUGUGUCUACCCGACGGAGAUACCUCCACUACCACGGAAAAUCUCGACAUCAUCCUCCAGAAAGGUUUAUCGUCAUCUCUGGCCGUCUCCAUGUCUGCAAAAGUCGAUACCUGGCACCACAAGGAGCAACCACGCUCCAAGUCUAUGACUCCUGUGGCCAUUCCCUCCGAGGACAUGUCGGUGGUGACGCCUUUCUUGGUCAAACACAUUAACGACCAGACCAACAUCCCCAAGGACAACAUCCAUAAGUUCUGUUACCGCCACAACCCCGACAUUGUUUGCAACAAACAGGCGGACGAUGUCAAGAUGAAGUCCAUCCAGCAGGAGUUGGAGACGCUUCCUUCGCGUGAUCGCGAGGCCAUCAGUCAUGUUUGGCUGAUCUUCUCCGCUGCUCCACAUCCUCAUCGUUCACUCAUUUUGAAAGGCUUGCUUAGUCAGUGCUGCUUCCCGCAGUUGCUGACCAUUUCGCAGGAAAUAAACCAGUUUAUUCGUAUCGACUUCAUUGCCACGCUCCCCGUGGAGAUCUCGCUUAAGAUCUUGUGUUACUUGGAUUGUAAGUCCCUAUGUAACGCUGCUCAGGUUUCUCGUCGUUGGAAGGAGUUGGCAGACGAUGACCGUGUGUGGCACCACAUGUGCGAGCAGCACAUCGACAGAAAGUGUCCCAACUGCGGUUGGGGUUUGCCUUUGAUGCAUAUGAAGAGAGCUCGUGAGAUCCAUUCAGAUGGAGAGCACGACUCCAAACGUAGGAAGACUUCAGACGAAAAGGACCCAGAAAAGGUCAAGAAACGUCCAUGGAAGAGCGUUUAUAGUGAGAGGUACCAACUCGAGAAGAACUGGAGAAACGGCACCUACACCCUCCAAGAGUUCAAUGGUCACAAGGACGGUGUCACCUGUCUUCAGUUCAGCAGAAAGUACUUGAUGUCUGGAUCGUAUGAUGCCACCAUCAAGAUCUGGAACAUAGAGACUGGCGAGUGUGUGAGGACCUUGACUGGUCACCUGAAAGGUGUUCGAGCACUUGCCUUCGACAGCCAGAAACUUAUCACCGGAGGCUUGGACUCUACUAUCAAGGUUUGGAACUACCAUACGGGCCAAUGUAUCUCGACAUACCGUGGCCACGACGACGCGGUGUCGAGUGUGGACUUCUCUGGCAAGACGAUCGUUUCUGGAUCGGCUGAUUGUACCGUCAAGGUGUGGCACGUCGACUCCAGAACAUGCUACACGUUGCGGGGCCACAGUGACAGCAUCAACUGCGUGAAGAUCCACCAGCCAUCCAACACCGUGUUCUCCGCAUCUGAUGAUACCACUGUGAAGAUGUGGGAUUUAAACUCCAACCAAUGUCUCCGGGUGUUUGGGGGCAUUGAGAAUAACGGCCAUGUGGGCCAAGUGGAGACUGUCAUUCCUUUUGUGUUCAAGGGUGACGACUUAAUUGUGGACGAGGCAGAUAGCGACAGCGAGUCUGGCUCCAACGCUCAUCUUCGCCAGCAGCAGCAUCAGUACCAGCAACAGCUUCAAAACCGUCGUGGUCUGGUAACUAGCCAACUGCCAUCAAUCCAACUGGCAACUAUCCAGAAUAACGGCCUGCCUCAAGCAUCUGAAGCUCCAUUGGAGAAUACCUUCGAGUUGCCAGAUAAUCCAAACUACCCCACUCACUUGUUGACUUCUUCACUUGAUAACACCAUCAAGUUGUGGGAUGUCAAGACAGGAAAGUGCGUGAGGACGCAGUUUGGUCACAUUGAAGGCGUGUGGUCCAUCAGUGCCGAUACUUUCCGUAUUGUAAGCGGAGCACAUGACAGACUCGUGAAGGUGUGGGACUUGCAAGAUGGUAAGUGCUUGCACACGUUUGGCAACAAUGCCAGCGUCAGUUGCGUGGGAUUAUCCAGUCACAGUUUCGCUGCUGGCCUUGAGAAUGGAGUGAUCAAGAUGUACAAUUUCAACUAG